AUGCCCGCAUGGCUUCCCUCCAUUCCAUAUCCCCCGCCAGGCCAGCCGGGGUACUGGCAUCCCGUUACGAGCACUCUACAGUGGUGUGAAGAGGACUACUAUGCCACGUACUACUCUGCCGAGAUCAUCAACACUCUGACCAACCUCAUGUUCAUUUACCUGGCAUACAAGGGUGUUCAAAGCUGCAGGAAACAUGGCCAUGAUACUGUAUUUGAAGUGGCGUAUUUUGGAUAUUUCCUGGUUGGUUUCGGAAGCUUCAUGUUCCACACUACGUUGAAAUAUCCGUGGCAGCUGGUCGACGAACUCAACAUGAUCUACACGACCUGUCUCAUGGCAUUUGCCUCUCUAUCCUACGCACAACCCAAAAAGACACAAAUCUAUCUCGGCGUCUUCUUAGUGCUAUUCUGCGCCUUCAUUACGGCUUACUACCACUACCUUCAAGACCCCGCUUUCCACCAGAUCGUCUACGCCCUUUUGACAGUUUUUAUCGUCGUCCGCAGCGUCUAUAGCAUGGAAACAAGCCUGCGACCUUCCUUGCGGAAGUCGGAAGAAAAACACCGUCUGGAACGAGAAAAGCUAGGCCUGCCGGUUGACGUCUCGAGAGAACAACAAGAAUAUGAGAAUAAGAGAGACCUAGACAUAUUGAGGACCAUGUGGUGUCUUGUGGCAUUCGGGGUGAGCAUCUUCCUCGGCGGUUUCUACAUCUGGAAUUUGGACAACCAGUAUUGUUCCACGCUGAUCCGCUGGAGGCGGAGCAUCGGCAUGCCAUGGGGUUUCUUACUCGAGGGACAUGGCUGGUGGCAUCUCAUGACCGGAAUCGGCGCUUAUUGCUACAUUGUGUGGGGCAUACACCUACGACACAUUUUGAACGGAGACCAAGAGCACUUCCAGAUGGUGUGGCCCAGCAUCUUCACCCUGCCAGAGAUCGUGCGAGUAUCAGAUCCGCCGAGGGAAAAGACGAGGCAGGCAAAUGGGGUCGUUGCUACGCCUGGGAGUGCCAAUGGAAGUGCCCACGCGACCGCCAAUGGAAGCACAAAUGGACAUAUCAAAAAGAGAAAAUGA